CAUUAAAAGUAAGGAUGCAAACGUCCACUGUCCCAUUUGCUAAUUCAGCGGCCGAAGGUUUCCAAAAGAUUCUUAAACAAGAAGGUGUAAAUGGUUUCUACAAAGGUAUUACUCCUCUUUGGGCUAGACAAAUUCCUUACACUAUGAUGAAAUUCGCAAGUUUUGAGAGGACCGUCGAAUAUAUUUAUAAAUCUCUUGGGAAACCCAAAGAAGAAUACAACAAACUUGAACAACUUGGUGUAUCUUUCCUCGGUGGAUACAUUGCUGGUGUUUUUUGUGCGAUAGUCAGUCAUCCUGCAGAUACUUUGGUUUCUAAGCUUAAUAAUGUAAAAAAAGCUGAGGGUGAAUCAACUCUUGCUUUAUCAAUCAAGCUUACUAAUGAACUUGGUUUCACUGGACUCUGGAGAGGUCUUGGUACUCGUGUUAUAAUGAUUGGUACUUUGACUGCUUUACAAUGGUUAAUUUAUGACUACGUUAAAGUGUAUGCUGGAUUACCAACAACUGGCUC